UGAUGCUAGAUUCUAGCAGGGGCAGCUCGUGACCGCUCGUCAUGAUAUUUUGAGGGGAAACUUUGUGCAAUUUCUUACCUCUGAACUGCAUUUAUCAUGAAUGUAACGUUUAGAGUAAAGAUACUACAUGUCCUCUGUGUCACCGUGUUGAUUAUAUCAGCCUGUAAGUAUGGCUUUGCCGAGGAGUUCGACAGAACAAGCGACAAGCUCGGCAGUAGUGAGGAAGGCGACCGUGGGUUCGACAUACUUCCGGGUGAUGAAGCUGAAGUUACUUCACAGGAGAUGGAAGAAACAACACAUGUGACAACACCUGGCCGAGAAGAACAAACGGUUUGGUCAUCCAAAGGGUUCCAAGUUGACCACAGCAACCUAACAACGACUCAGAGCACCUAUGACAGCACGAUUUACGCAUCAACGACUAUAGUCCCGAGUCCAUUCAUCCAUAGCCACUGUGAGAGACUGUUAAGAAAGUUGGGAGAAUCGGCCUCACGUUUUACCCACUGCUCAAUACUUCACGCCAGACCACUCGGGCUUUGUAGCGGCUGCAUGUAUGAAUACACGGACUUCAUGAAGGUUUUUGAGGCCAUCAUUAAGGAAAAAGACCCUACAGAAGGAAAGAGCUGUGAAGAGGUACUCCUGGCAUCAGACAUGACUCAGAUAGUAGUGAAGACUCAUCAGUUCAUCCAGUCGCUGUGGGAGGCUUCGACGUGUGAACAGUGUUUCGACAUCGGGCCUGAAGUGAACGGCACGUUGAACUACAGCCUGUCCAACAAUACGCUGCACUUCCAGGAGAUGGCCAAUAAGACCCUGCUCUGCUUUGCUCAGCAUAACAAUGAUACAAGUAAUCUUCCCGAUGUCUGCAAGGCCUGUAAGAAACCGUAUGAUGACCUGAAUAACUUGUACAACUCACUGAAGGAGACGGCUAAGCUAUGUGUGGAUAUAGUCGACUCUAUGAACUCUACACGAUACACCUGGAGCCACCGGUUUAAGUGUCUAAAACAGGAGCAGGACACAGUGGCAGUGGCGGCCAUUGCGGUCGGGUUGUGCAUUCUGCCUGUAUUUUUCUACAUAGGCAGUAAGAUCAAUGUGGAGAAAAUUGAAAAGAAGCUGCUGAAACAAAAGAGGUUCCGUCCUCUUGAUUCGGCCGGUUUGUUCCAGUGACUGGUGUCAUUAAGAAGUUUCUAGUUGUACAUGUGAUCAUGUUUUGACCUGAGCUUAAAUCUAUGAGCACAGGUACCAGAUACUGUGCCAUUGUAUUGUGCAACAAUUGUAAACUAUGUGCAACAGGUCAAACCUCUUCCUCUUAAAAAAAUGUUUAUUGAUAAUUUUGCUGCAAUAAAUGAGUAUAUCAAGUUAUCGGCCUGCCUUAUGUGAUUGUUGUGAAUGCAUACAUGUAAUGUUGCUAUAACACUCAUACUGUUGAAUUGAUUUUGAUGUCAGUAAUGAUGUCAAAUGAUACGGCAUGGAAGCCUGGUUUAACAGAGAAUAUGCUGAAAGCAGUCUUGUAGCAGUUCCUCAAAAACAAAGGGUGUCAGUCAUACAUCCAAGCACUUCACAGCUGCAGCCAUUAUAAGGGUAGCAUUUGUUCUACUAUCUCAGCAUAGUGUGAUUAUUAUGUCUAACGUUACUUAUGUUACAAAGUACC